AUGUCCUCGUCGCCGUCUCUGGCGAACCGCCGUCCCGCGGGCCCGCUGGCACUGGGGCUGGAGUCGUCGGCGAACAAGAUCGGCAUCGGCGUGGUCUCCCUGUCGGGGGACAUCCUCUCAAACCCGCGGCACACCUACGUGACCCCGCCGGGCCAUGGCUUCCUUCCCCGGGAGACCGCGCAGCACCACCUCGCGCACCUCCUGCCUCUCCUUCGAGCCGCACUCGCCGAGGCCGGCGUGGCCCCCGCCGACCUCGCGUGCGUCUGCUACACUAAAGGCCCCGGCAUGGGCGGGCCUCUCCAGGUCGCCGCCGCGGCCGCCCGCGCGCUCUCCCUGCUCUGGAGGAAGCCGCUCGUGGCGGUCAACCACUGCGUUGCGCACAUCGAGAUGGGCCGCGCGGUCACUGGGGCCGUCGACCCCGUCGUGCUCUACGUCUCCGGGGGAAACACGCAGGUUAUCGCCUACAGCGACGGGAGGUACAGGAUCUUUGGGGAAACGAUUGAUAUCGCCGUCGGGAACUGCCUUGACCGGUUCGCCAGGGUCCUUGAGCUCUCCAAUGACCCUAGUCCCGGCUAUAACAUCGAGCAGCUUGCAAAGAAGGGAGAAAAAUUCAUUGAUCUCCCUUAUGUUGUGAAGGGUAUGGAUGUGUCAUUUAGUGGCAUAUUGAGUUUUAUUGAAGCUACGGCGAUUGAAAAGCUUAAAAAUAAUGAGUGCACACCUGCAGACCUAUGCUACUCAUUGCAGGAAACUGUCUUCGCUAUGCUUGUUGAAAUUACUGAACGUGCAAUGGCGCACUGUGAUUCAAUGGACGUUCUUAUUGUUGGUGGCGUCGGUUGCAACGAACGUUUACAGGAGAUGAUGAGGAUUAUGUGCUCAGAAAGAGGGGGUAGGCUGUUUGCAACUGAUGACCGCUAUUGUAUAGACAAUGGGGCAAUGAUUGCAUACACUGGUUUACUGGCGUAUGCACAUGGUGUGACCACUCCCCUGGAGGAGUCGACAUUUACGCAAAGAUUCCGAACUGAUGAAGUUCAUGCGAUUUGGAGAGAGAAGGAGAUGCCGGUGCUAAAUAACAUCCAUUCAGAUGCAAUGGCUGAAGUAUCUAAAGAUGAAGCCUCCAUGCCGACACCAAUCGUUGUAGAUUCCUGA